AUGUUCGGAUAUCUUAGGCAAGUUUAUCAACGUCACAAAAAGAAGCUUGUUAUUGCUACAGGUGUCGCCGCCUUCUCAUACUUGAUUAGCAUAUACGUUCGCCAUAAACUUAAGGAUUUUCAGGAACAGUUAAAGGAAGAAAAUGCCACUCGGGAAUUAAUAAAGAAGAGAUUUACUCAAACACAAAAAGAUUGCUAUAUGACUUUUUUGUCUUUUUUGCCUGUUUUAAUAGAGCCCAUAUAUAAAGAAUUGGAUGUUGAACAAAUUACGAAAGAGUUGAAGUUGAUAAGAAAGAACAAAAACACGUCUUUGGAUGAUAAAAGUGAAUUGAGUAGCUCCGAUAUUACAAGUAGCUCUAACCUCAACAGAAUAAAAGAACGUAUGGGAGAAGGACAGACGAAGAGCAACGCAAGGAAGAAUAAAGUUGAAUUGUGGCAAGACCUAAAGCAUAAAUCAAUCACAAGAUUUCUAACUAUUAUUUACUCUGAAACCUUACUUAUAAUAUUAUUACAUUUGCAACUGAACAUUAUAUCUAGAAAAUCAUAUUUGAAGACGGCAUUAAAGUUAGCGUCGAAUAACCAAGGCAUCAAGUUAAUUGACUUGGAAAAAAAUAUGGAUAGCCCAGAGAUGGAUAUUGAUGACACCGAUGAAGAUCUACCGGAGCAAGCCUUCUUGUCAUUCACAUGGUGGUUACUAAACAAGGGGUCGAUGGAACUCAAAAGUAUUAUAACUGAAAGCGUAGAAAGUACGUUCAGUGGAGUUAGCUUGCGACAAGAACUAUCAAUUGAGGAAUUUGAUAACUUGAUACUUCAAGUUCAGAAGGAUGUUGAUUCCAGGAUCCUAGAAGGUUCUUGUCUAACAGAAGGGGGAGAAAGAUUUGGAUUAGAAAAUUUAUUGUUGCCAUCUCCUGAGGAUGAAUUCACUUUGCUGCAGAAUACCAACACUGUGAAGUUUAUUUCGUCUUUUAAUGCAAAUGUUUCUAAUGCACAGAUUUUACAAAAAAUGAAUAGCGAACUAAAAGGGUAUCUUAGAGGAUCACAGGUUGCUCAGCUUGUCCGAGUCAUAUCUUCCUUAGGUAUAUCUAAUAUUCUGGAUCGUGUCCAUGAUGGUCUUCUUCACAAAAACGUCAGUACAGAUGAUGCCAAGGGUGUAUCAGAUUUACAAGAAAGUGCUGAUGAGAGAAAUAAAGACACGCCAAAAAGAGAAGAUUCAUGGAAACUAGCUCUUAUUUUAGCAACACUAACACCCCAGACCAAGGAACUUACGAACCGUCAUGUUGACAAUAGUAUACUUUACACAAUGAACAAUGUCUCAGGUCUUGAUGAUCUCAGUGCUAGUGUUUACUCUAACUUUGAUUUGUAA